CAAACUCAUCGAGACAACAACAAAAGCGAAUGGAAUAACAGUCGAAAUAAAUAAAAGCACAUUAAGCAACACUUUUUUCAUUUGUGUUUUGCUUAGCAGCUAAAAAGCAGGCGGCGUUCUCUUAUUCGAGCGUGUUUUGUGUGCGAGUGCAAGUGUGCGUUUGUAUGAUGUUUAUAGACUUUUGUGAGGCGACAACUGCCAUAUAAUAAUAAUAAUAAUCGUAAUAAUAAUGCCCAAGGCCGAAUAAUAAUAAUAAUAAUAAUAAAAAAAAAGAAUAAUUUGUAUUGUUGAAAAUUAUCAAAUUAAAUGCGAGGCGAUGUCCAAAUUGUGCCGUUAUAAAUAUAUAUAUACUAUAUAGCAUGAAGAGAUAGGAGAAGAGAAGGAGAAGUCACGUCCACACACAAAUGGCAAACACAGCCCGGCGCUGUCGUCAUCUCUGCCGUCUGCGUCCCAAUCAUCAGCUGCCGCAGUUGCAGCUACAUUUGCAGUUGCAGUUGCCACUGAUACCACCCCUUGGGAGCUGCGACAGCUGUGCCCCGCUGUAGGCCAGUCGCACAAUGCCAAGUGCCUACUACCAACCACUCGAGCCGCAAGCAUCCGACGACAACGACGAACGCUGGGCAAUUGAAGACGACGACGAGCAGUCGUGCGGCCAGGGCGGGCGGAGCAGCCAGUACCAGCACCAACACACACGCUGCUAUCCACAGCUUCUUGCCACGGGCGACCAGCUGCCGUCCAUGGGCAUGGCGCCCCGAUUGAGAAGUGCAUGGUCGUGCAGACGGAGCUACUCUAUUAUGCUGCUGCUCAUUGUGAUCUGCGUUUGCUUCGUAGGCUACUUCUUUGUCAGUCCGCAAUCGUCGGGCCAGGGCAACGACGGAGGAGCGGAGGAUGCCAAUGGUAUCUAUGAGCCGCACAACGGCAAAGGUAAGCGGCGGCACAUAAAACUAAUCUUAGGGAUGGAGAAGAUUCCACAAGACCAUCCAUUCAAAGCAACCAUAAGCAAGCGCAAUCAUGGACGCAUACAUGGUACAAACGGGCACGCUCUGGAUGAACCACUGCACAUAUGCAGCGAAAGCCCUGAGGACCGUCGCGUCUAUAUACAAGAUAAGCCCCGUAGUGCCUACGCACAGCUGCCUGUGAUUUAUUUCGUAACGCCCACAUAUCCCAGACGCGAGCAAAUACCCGAACUGAAGCGUCUGGCAUACACGCUGCUCCAUGUGCCUCGACUCUACUGGCUGGUGGCCAAUGAUCAAGAGAGAUGUGAUACGUUUCUGGACACGCUGUUAAGUGGAUUCGGUAUUCCUUAUGCACAUAUGGCCAGUCCCAUGCCUAGUGAGUUUCGUAAAUCGAAGCCGGCGCCGCGGGGCGUGGCCAAUCGACGUGCAGCGCUGCAAUGGCUGCAUCAACAAAACAUAACAAAUGGUGUACUGUAUUUUGGUGACGACGACAAUACUUAUGAUCUGAGACUUUUCUCGGAAAUAAGGCAGACCCAGCGAGUCUCCAUGUUUCCUGUUGGACUGAUAGCGGAAUAUGCGGUCAGUGUGCCGGUAGUGCGGGAUGGUAAAGUAGUGGCCUUUCUGGACUCUUGGGUGGCGGGUCGGCGCUGGCCUGUUGAUAUGGCUGGAUUCGCUGUGAGCUUGGCCUACAUGUCGCAGUAUCCCAAUGUAAAUAUGCCCUACAAGCCGGGCUACGAGGAGGAUUUGUUUUUGCGCAGCAUUGGACUACGAAUUGAUCAAAUUGAGCCCAAAGGCGCGAAUUGCACCGAAAUUCUUGUCUGGCAUACACAGACCAAAAACAAAAAGUCUGCCGUGGUGCGUUUGGAGAGCGAGUUCUUAGAUGGGCGCUCCAACCUGGGUGCACUCUUUCGAUCGCUUAAACUGAUGGGUGUGGCAAGCGCCUCGGAUUCGGAAGGUCCCGUUGCGACGAUUAGCAAGAAUGGCAAGAGUAAAUCCCACUCUUUCUUCCUGAGCUGAGUCUCAGUUCGAGUGUAAGCCAACUGUUAAACCGUCGUACUAUAGAAGUCUAAGAAUACUCCUAACAAAGCACAAUUUGUUGGAUUUCCUUGAAUGGAAACUCUAGAGUCUAUGAUUAUCUCAAAAGGCACAGCUUAUAAAAACCUGGUUUAAAUCUCUUUUGCAUAUUAAAUUGUGAUUAAUUACAAUAUGCCUAUCCUCAGUUCUUAUAUUUAUAUUAAUGUUAAAUACAAAUUGUAGUAACAUUGUUAAUUAGUUUUAA